AAGGAGGAGUACUGACAAUCGAGCUACGGCUUCCUUUUAUCAGUCAAGCCGAACCGUGCGUGGCACGCGGACAUUUCCGUGCGCUCUGAAGAACGGAAAAGGGAAACCCGGUUUUCUUCUCAUCUGACAUAUAGAGUGUACAAUAUUUAAUAACGCUGGAAAUCCCGAAGUGCUUGAACUCAUUGUGGGUGGUUUUACGCGAGUCGCGGAAAAGGGUGCCCGCUAAACUUUGGAGUUAUAGAGCAUUCAAGAGGAAAUUGGGACCGGAAUCGGUGCUAGUACCGUCCUCAUCGUCAUUUCUGACGGAUUCUCCAGGAACAAGUAUUCCAUCAAUUAAAUUCGACACGCUGGCGCAAAUUCAAUGUAAGCUUUCUAUUUCAAAGCUUGCGGAAAUUGGCAGAUCCGACGUGAAAUUAUCACAAGUUGAUCCUAAAGUGGACAACAAUCAACGUUAGCGGAUUCGAUAUGGUUGCUAUUCCGGACUCGCGAACUGAUCCGGUAUUGUUGAAUGGCAUAGAAAUAACAGUACCGAAUAACAACAGUAGCAGCAAUAACAAUGUAGCAGACGACACCAGAAGAGUCAGGGAUCAAGCCUUCACCAUACCUCGUAUUACAAUACCGACCAGUGACGAUAAUUAUACGUUGAAAUUCGAAAACAUAGACAAAAUCAACGACAAGAAACUAAACACGGACAACAUCAAUGCGGAACCUGUCGUUAUGAAAAAAAUUGCCGCGGGUUUGAAGACAACCAACGGCCAAAAGGAUAAGAAAGACAUGUCUGGCGGUGGUGGAUCUCUUUCCAGUGGUAGCUCCAUAGUAACAAUCUCGUCAGUCGCCAUUUCGGAUCCUGAUCCGGACUAUCGUGCCGACCCAAAUGAACAUGGAGACAAAAGAAAUAUCAGGAAUGAAAAAUGGUAUCACACAAUUGUUCAAGUAUCAGUACCUUUUCUUAUCGCUGGUAUGGGCACUAUCGGAGCAGGCCGUGUUCUCACUACCGCAAAGAACUUGUCCGCAUUUACGGAAGUCCCUCAAUUGUUAAUUUUGACUACGGCGUUGCAAGGUCUAAAGGGUAAUCUUGAUAUGUGUUUGGCGUCGCGUUUAUGCACUCAAGCGAAUUUAGGCAACAUGAAGGGUCGACGAGAGAUCAUCAAGAUGAUCAUCGGUAACAUCGCCUUGGUGCAGAUCCAAGCGAUAGUCGCGGCUCUAUGCCUAUCGGUAUUUGGAAUGGGAGUAGGCGCGAUCAAUGGAAACGGCUUCGUCUGGAAUCACGCGUUAUUGUUGGCGGUUUCGUGCAUGUGCACAGCAACAAGUUCCUGCUUUAUCUUAGAUUUCGUCAUGAUUGCCGUAAUCAUGAUAUCCCAUCGAUUCAAGAUGAAUCCAGACAAUUUAGCAACUCCUUUGGCUGCAUCUAUCGGUGAUGUUGUAUCCAUUAGCAUCCUCUCAUUCAUAGCCUCGGAAUUCUUCCUCAGACUAAAUGCCGAAAUAUGGGUAUUGUACAUCGUCCUUGGGUUUUUUCUUGUGCUCUUACCACUUUGGAUCCUGAUCGUAUUAAAGAAUAAAUAUACGAGCAGUGUAUUGAAGUCUGGCUGGGUUCCUAUUCUAUCUGCUCUUCUGAUCAGUGGCGGAGGUGGAUUAGUUCUUGAAAGAAUGGUUGAGUCUUUUGAAGGAUUUGAAGUUUUCCAACCAGUUAUUAAUGGAAUUGGCGGCAAUUUAGUAUCGGUGCAAGCGUCUCGAAUGUCAACUAUGUUACAUCAGUCUUCCAUCAUGGGAAUUUUACCGCCACACGGAAAAAUUUGGGUGUUUCCGUGGACAGCACUCUUCGUAGGAUCGCCAUAUGCGACAACCGCUAGAUUACUCGUUGCAAUGGCAAUUCCUGGUCAAUUGAUUUUCGUCUUUAUCGCUGACGUAUUAAACCCGGGCAAUUGUACUUUAUAUGCGUAUUUCGUAAUCUCCUACAUAGUCGUUUCCGUGUUACAAGUAUUGUUAUUGUUAUACGUCGCGCACAUAAUUAUUCACGCAAUGUGGAGGUAUAAAAUCGAUCCUGAUAACUCGGCGAUCCCCUAUUUAACGGCAUUAGGUGAUCUUAGUGGAUCAUUACUCCUAGCGUUAGCCUUCUUCGUCGUAUACUCGAUAAUACAUCAACCAUAUUGUAUUGAGAAAUGACUUUGUGACGAAACAUAAAAUCCGAUUUAGAAUCAAAGUAGAUAUAAAUACAGCGCGCAAAGAAUUUUUAACGAUAAUAAAAUUUGUCAUGUGAGAUGUUAAAAUCGUUGAUUGAAUGCUUGAGCCAUGAAAACAAUUCAAAUGCGCUGUCAUGGUGGCAUUUAUUCAAAGUGAUUUGCAAAAUUGAAUUAAAAAUAAUGGCCAAAUAAUACUAAAAAAUAGUACAAAAUACUCAGAUUAUACAAAUAUAUUUAUGUUAUUAAUUUCAAAAAAAAGAGAGAGAGCUGUUAAUUAAAUUUGUGUUCGCAUAAAUAUAUGAUCUGCGAUUGACGAGAUAAGAAGUCAUUCGAAAGCCAAAUUGAUCAGCCAACAAGAAUGAUAAUUUUUUAUUCAUUAAUAAAACUAUAAUUAUUAAAAACAAGAUUUUUCAAUAUAUUACGUGUAUUUUCUUUUUUUGCACAAGGUAAAGAAAGGUACAGAUUUUUUGCAAAUCGACAGAAGCCUAAUCAAAUUCAAAGCAAAUAGAAAUUCAAAGAAACUUUAGAAGGCAUUUUAAAAUAUUUAAAGAGAUUUA